AUGCCUAAAAAAAGAAAGAGACAUGCUUUGAAGGAUAUUACCAAUGAACUGGAACAUAAGAAACCCAAACCAAAUGAAGCUUUACAAUUAUUACUGCAAUUACACCCUGAUUUAAAUAGUCAAAAAAUAUACUUUUUUCCUUGUAUGAAUGUACAUGAAGAGGGAAUACUUCUUUAUGACCAAAAGGACAAUCUUUAUUAUGUUCAUGACAUCUUAAGUGGCAAAGAAAUUUUACAUUUUUUUUUCUUGGAUUUCAUUUUAAGAGAUAGUAAAAAGCUAUAUAAGGGAAACCAUUCUCCAUUGGCUACAAUUUUUUUAAAACCUGAUCCAUUUUCUGCUAAUAUAAGUAAUAUUCUUAGAGAAAAGGAACAAAAACAUUUUAAACGAAAAGAAAUUCUCUCUGUGAAAGAAUUUCAAACUCAAAUACAACAAAGAGUUCAUGAAAAUUCAUUAUAUGCAUCAGUUAUUAUCAAAGAAAUAUCUGGGGGCAAAAGUAUUGCACAUUUAUCUAAACAAUUAUUAACUGAAAUAAUCUUAAAACAGUAUAAUCAAAAAUCUGUUGAAAUCAAACAAAUACGAGAAAAACUUAAGGCAUAUAUUGAAAAGGAAGAAGCACCAAUAUCUACAAAAAUGAGUAAUUUAAUAGAAAAUGUGUCAGAAAAUGUAGUUAAUAAUCAGAUAGAUAUUAAAAUAAUUGUACUGGAUCCAGCUGAAAAUUACAAAUUUGAAUAUAUUUCAGGCUGGAUAUUAUACAAGUUAAUAUGUGUUGAUACAAAAAUUAAUGCACAUUUAAAAAAGGAUGUUUUAAAAAAAGUACUACAAUCAUUAUGUGAA